AUGGAUGCGGAAGAAGCUGCCAAUAAGGCGAUGAAGAAACUCGUUGAAGAGGCUUCCCAGCUAAAAUAUAUGCCGAAUGUGCCUUUAAAGAUUUACCUCCGUUCAGCAAAUUCACUAUUUUUGCAGGCCAAUCGCUACAAGGAAGAAGAUGACUUGUUGAACGCGUAUAAAUUCUACAUGAGAUAUGCCACGCUGGCACUCGAAAAAUUACCGCAAAACUCAGAUUAUAAGAAGCCAGAGUAUAAAAGUGGAAGAUUAGAACUCGUUAAAACUAGCAAUUUAGUCCUCAAAGAAAUAGAAGAAUUGAAACCUAAGUUAAAACGAUAUUUUUUACAAGUUGCUGAAGAAGAAGCGGCUGAAAAAACUCGAAAUCUGAAUGUGCAGGUUGAAUAUCAAAGUCAAACUCCGCAGGUAAUUCCUGUCUCAAACACCGAGUGGGAUCUUGCCGAACAAUUGAAAAACUUACACCUCGGUACAUCCUCGAAAACAAUCACUAUGGAAGAGCAACCUCAUCUCACGGUGCAAUAUCCCGGCAUUUCUACUAGAAAUCAGAGUGAUGGAUAUACAUAUACAGCUCGUGAAAUACCAUCGCCAGCAUUACCUCCAAAAAUAAUGCAUGAUGCACCAAAGAUUCCUCCUAAACCGAGAGGAUACGAUUUAAAUUUACAUUCUGAGAAGGCUGAUAACAAAGUUGAACCUCCACCGGAGUUUGCAGCCUACACUGAAGGUGGAGAAGGACUGAGAAAAGUAUGCCUUUCAGAUAGCAUAUAUGAUGUAUUUAUCAAGAUAGCGGCAAAUAAUACUGCCAAGAACUUGGAGACCUGCGGAAUCUUGUUUGGAGUGUUGACGCGCAACGUUUUCUAUGUUACUACACUUAUUAUUCCUAAACAAACUGCAACCUCUGAUACUUGCACAAUGACCAAUGAAGAAGAGCUUAUUGAGUAUCAAGAACAGAAGGGCUUGAUAAUGCUCGGUUGGAUUCAUACGCAUCCUUCUCAAACUUGCUUCAUGAGUUCAAUGGAUCUACAUACGCAUUCGUCCUACCAAGUUAUUUCUCCAGAAGCAAUAGCUAUUGUCUGUUCUCCUAAACAUCAACCAAAAUUUGGAAUAUUCCGCCUUACAAAUCCACCGGGUCUGCAAACAGUGCUUCAAUGUACACAAAGAGGGUUUCAUCCUCAUGAUUCGAGUUCACCUAUUGAAAAGGAAAUUUCACAUAACGGUCACGUUGAAAUGAAACGAAUGGAUCUAGAAAUCAUUGAUUUACGUUAA